GUAUCGUUUUUAAAAUGUUUAAAGUUACCUGCAUAACCCCGAGUUCCUGGUGAGCAGCCUCGUUUUCGAUCUCUUUUCCGGCUAAUAGUAAACCAUCGAAAUGGCCAAAGUCAAGGCCCACGAGCUGCGUGGUAAGAAGAAGGAGGAACUGUUGAAGCAGCUAGAAGAGUUGAAGACUGAACUGUCUGCUCUCCGUGUUGCUAAAGUUACCGGUGGUGCCGCUUCCAAGCUCUCAAAAAUCCGUGUCGUGAGAAAAUCUAUCGCAAGGUGCCUCACUGUCAUCAACCAGACACAAAAGGAAAACCUGCGGAAAUUUUACAAGUCUAAGAAAUACAAGCCUCUUGAUCUAAGACCAAAAAAGACGCGUGCAAUCAGACGGGCCCUCACCAAGCAUGAAUUGUCCUUGAAGACGAAGAAGCAGCAGAGAAAGCAAAGACUGUAUCCGCUACGACGAUUUGCUGUAAAGGCUUAGAAGGUGUAAAAUAAAAUCAAUGUAAGCAAGAA